AUGUCCAGAACUGGUCGGUCUUUUAUGUCAACCCCAGGCAAAGAGACUGAUCAUAACUAUCUUCGCUUCCUCACCGCACGAAUCGAGGAAUGGAACUUGUCCUAUAACCAUAUCCUUAGGGCUGAGAAAUUCCGUUGCAAUUUGAUCGUGGUGUCAAAUAAAGCUGUGAAGGGAUUUCUCAAGGAGGAAAUUGAUCCAAAUACAGCCACUGGCGCUGAAGUAGUCGGCCAUCGCAAAACCUGUUCAGGAGUUCACAUCAUCAUCCAUUUCCCUUCCUCAGGCGGUGAUCUGGCAAUCCACUCGACGGAACUCCUUCACAAUUAUGCCAACUGUGACACUCGCGUAUUGGAGAUGGGCACAUUUGUGAAACAUUGGGCUACCGCACGUCGAACAAACGACCCCUCAACUCGGACCCUCUCUUCGUACGGCUAUAUCUUAAUGAUCCUACAUUUCCUUCUCAACGUCGUCGAUCCUCCUGUUCUCCCAAACCUGCAGCACACCAGCAUUGGUCUCCGCGAACUCCAGUGGAUUGAGGGGUGCGAGGUGUUCUAUUGGAGAGACGUCCCCGCAAGAAAGAAGGCUGCGCAUCAGGGGAAAUUGACACGCAAUAAACAACCGGUCGUCGAUCUCCUGAGGGGGUUUUUUGACUAUUACUCUGCAGGCAAAUUUAUCACAGGGCGUCGUCGAUUCUGUUACAAGACUGACGUUGUUUCGGUCCGAAUCAGCGGUGGACAGAUGGCGAAGAAUGAAAAGGGGUGGGACGUUAGUGAAGGAGGGGACCAUGUCAACCCUGCCCGGAGGAGACAAAGGUACUAUUUAGCCAUCGAGGAUCCAUUCAGAACAAAGCUUAAUGUCGCCGGUGGUGUCAACAUGAGAGGUCUUAGCGUUAUCAAGGAUGAAUUUGCUAGAGCAAGGAACAUAAUUUUGAUUACGGAUAAUGAGGAUAUUGGCGACGACUUGUUCCGCCCCAAAGUAUCGCCACAAAAUGAGCCCAAUUUGCAACACGAGUUACAUGACUUGGGUCUUGCGAAUACACGAUAA